ACUUUGAAGGAAACUAUGCGUUUGUAUGACCUAGCUUAUGGUAAAGCCAUGCCAGAGAAGAUGGUACAGGACAAUAGGAUUUCACAGAGUUCUUGGGAAAAUAGAACUUUCCCUCAUGAGGGUACAGAGGGCAUUACAUGUAAAGAUGAAGAAAGCACUGUCUGGUUGGAGCAGUGUCAUGAUGUAAGACAUGAUGAUGUGGUAAAGUUGGGCUCCACCAUGAAUAUGAACUUGGGUAAAGAAAAAAACUAUGCAACUGCUCCCCAAUCUCCAGAUGAAGCAAAAGACAGAGAUAGAAUCCAGGAUACCCUGAACUCAAAUCUGUGCCCAUCUUCUGGAGAUGGCUACAAGCUCCAGCAGGAAAGGUCACUCUGUUCCAGCAGUAAAGCCAUUGAGGACCUGAGCCUACAGUCCAAAUCCCAGAGUCCCCUUAGCAUUGGGGAAAGCAUGCCCGACAAUGGUAGUGGGGGCCAUAGCUUCCCUGUGAAUGUGGAUGAAGUUCACAUGAUACAGAGCAACAGCUCCCCUGAGAAUUAUGUUCUUCCCCCUAUCUUGCUGGCCCAGUUCAACCAGGCUGAUGGAGGCAUUCAGUGUGAUACGAGCCAGUGGCAAGAUGAAGAGCACAAUAAAUCUCCCGAGUCUUCACCAGAAAGCAGAAAGGCAACACAAGAAAAGUCAGUUAGGUGUGGGAAAUCGGAUGAAGUGGUGGAGAGGGACAGCUACCCAAAGUAUGUCCCUAGCCCUGCUAGGUUGGCCCAGAUGUACAGCAAAGGGAUGGAUGAAGGGAUUCAGUGUGAUAUGAUCUGGUUGCAGGAUGCAGAGUUGGAGAAAUCCCCUGAGCAAAUGCCUUACAAAGAUGAAGAGUCCUCACCAGACUGCAGAACUAAAGGAUCACAGAGAAAGUCAAUCAGGGAUAGGAAAUUGAACACAGAUGAAGAAGAAGUAACCAUGAAUGAUGAGAUUGAGGAAGAGUAUCAUGAGAACUUCAAAAAGUGUGCCAAGAUUAAAAAGACUGUGAAAGACAGGAAGCAGAAAACCCUGAACAACUCCUUGAGUGGUAACAGAGUGUAUUUAUUGAAGAAAAAUGCUACCUUGAACACUGUACUUCCCGAGGAUUUAGAAGACUGUGAAUUGGAAGAGGAAGUUGAAGAUGAAAUGUAUGUGGUGGAAUGCCUCUUUGAAGAGGUUAGUCCACCAGACCCUGUGAAUUCCUUGAAAGGAAGGAUUUUUUGCAAGGCCAGCAGGAUAAUCAGGAUGCCACCUGAGUGGUCUCUCUCUCCUCAACUUAUCAUCUGCCCCACCAGAAAUAAGGACAGGUUAAAGCAUGUUGAAUAUGAGAGCAUCCCUAUGGUGUAUGAAGUGACAGGACAGGAUGGCAGGAUCCAAAGGGAACGUAUGAUGGCCAUGCAGAAGGGACUGGAGUCUAAGACAGCCUCUCACAAGUCAUGGGAAUGUAACUGUGAGAGAAGGAAAACCAAAGUACCUUACAAAGUUUCAAACAGAUUUGAUGCAGAUGCUGUAAAGUUGAGGAAACAGCCAGCAGGCACAGAGGAAAGAAAUUUCUGAGUUCCAGCUACAUAGAAGAGCUAAAUAUUACAUCACCACGACAGUUUAGAACCUGAUUAUCCC